CAUACACCAUCUUUAACCACCAUCUCUCUUCUUAGUUCUUAUAAUACAACUCUCUCACAAGUAACAACACAACACACACAUAUACAAACGCAAACAUACACACAUAAUAUAUAUAUAUGGCAUCCAUCACCUCCGCCGUGUUCCGGUGGCCGCAGAUCCGCCGGAAGAUCCAUCUCCGGCGGAGGAAGCCUCCGGCGAUACGACUGGGAGGGAAGCCACGUGGAGAGCUGUCGCCGGUGAAGAGGAUGGUGAGGAGGAUGAGGCUGAAGUGGAUGAGGCUGCGCUACGUGAGACUCGUGAGGAAGAUCAAGGGGUAUUAUCGUAAUUUACUGAAGGAAUUAGCUGGCGCCGGCGCCGGAUUCGAGGCCAUUCAGCAGCGGAUGGCGGUGGAGGCGGCGGCGUUCGCCGUCCCCGGCCUCGGCCUCUCCUUCUCCUCCAUGUCCGGUCACGACCGUGCUCGACACUGUUAUUCUCUUGUAUAGUUUUACUCUUUAUUUCAAUUUAUCUUUUAUUUAUUUUGAGUAUUUGUUUCAUUUAAUUGUUGUAUUUUUACCAUUAUAGGUUUUAAUUCUUUUUUUUUAAUUGAAUGAGUAUCCAAUGGAAAGUGAAACUUUAUUAUAUAGGAUUAGUUUGUACCAAACCGAUCAAAAUACUAAUUAAUCCUUAUGAAAUUGGAUUUUGAUC